AUGAACCAGAAGCCGCCUAAUCCGGAGAGACCUCCUCUCGUCCUCAUUCUAGGUGGAACGACCACCAUCGCACGGACUUUAUCACGAUACUUGCUCGAUGAAUCAUCUCCCAAAGCAGCUUUCGUACGACUAGCAGAUAGAUUCUCAGUGUCACCUCCAACUACUUACCUCGAUAAGCAAUUUCUCUCCGUGCUAAAUUCGGCUCACUCAAAGCUGGAAUAUAUACAGAAGAACUUGUUGAACACAUCCAAUCAUACGGAAAUAUUCACUCCACCGAAAGAGCAUAAAGGAAACGUAUUGAGGACAGGACAGGUGGAAGGGGGUUUCGAAGGAUUCGAUAUAGUUUUCGACUUGACUGGAGAAUUAGGAUUUGAUAAACCUGAAAUUCUGCAAAUAUCAAAUACAUAUCAAACUUCACUAUCAUUAGCUACAUCAGCAUCAAACCUUCCACCAUCUCUCAAACCAAGAUCAUACGUCAGGUUAACCUUUCCCUUCUAUGAACAAAAAUCAUCACCCUCGAGUUCAGCUGGACAUAACGAGUCGGCAGAACUAAGACCUGAUAGCGUCAGAGGACGAUGGUGGCAUGAGACAUUGAGAGGUCUAGGUAAAUUGGAUCUGAAUUUUGGUGUGAUCAGAUCGGCAGCUUGGUAUGGAAGAGGUUCUUACGAAGGUGAAGUCGUGCCCAAAUUAGUCAUUGGCCAUGUGUACAAGCAUCUGCAAGAGGAGAUGAAAUUCUUGUACAAUGCCGACUUGAGAGUUAACACAGUCCAUUCACUCGACGUCUCUCAAGGGCUAUGGUUGUUAUCCCUGUAUCUCCUAUCGACUCCAAGAAAACAAGUGGUAUCACAAUCAUCCGUCCCAUUGAACUUUUCAUUCUCCACGUCGUCAGGUUUCUCCUUGGUCUCAUCCAAGAGAUCAUCCAUUUCAGAAUCUUGGAAAUCGUUUCCUACUGUCGUUCCUGAAUCUCAAACAGUGUCGAUACCUUUAUUCAAUAUAGUCGAUGAUAACGACUCCACUCAAGGAAGUUUGGCUAGAAUCGUGGCUGAAACUUGGGGGAUCAAAUUUGGUUUUCUGAAUUCUGCAGUGGCGAGUUUGGUGCAACAAUUUGCCAAGAACGAUUUUACGGAAAUGGUAGAGGAUAUCAAUGAGAUGCAUGUAGAAGCUUGGUACAAAAUGUUAUCUUCAUCCAAACCACCUAUUGAAUCAAGUCCGAUAACACCUUUUCUAGACGAGCACGCGUUUAGGAAAAUGUCAAUCUGCUUCGAUGGAUCAAAAGCAAAACGUAUAUUGGGAUACAAACCUAUACAUCCCAAGGUACAGGUUAAUGAACUGAAAGAGAUUAUAAAAGAAUUUCAAGAUGACAGAUUAUGGUAG